AUGUUCCGCUGCGUCGCGGUCGUUCUGCUGGCCUCUCUUCUCUGUCGUGUCGACUCGCAGGACUUCUGCGUCCAAGGUGUCGGGUCGGGUUAUCUUCACAGCCGUGUUCCCGAGCUCCGUACCGGCACCAUGCUCCGCGCCGUCGCUGUCCUUUUCCUGGCAUCUCUUCUCUGUCGUGUCGAAUCUGAGGCACCGCAUCUGUGCCAGUCUCCAACGUCACGUCCUCAGGAAAACGUGUUCCCAGGGAAUCAAACGGCCCCUUACAAUGUACUGGUUGUAGAAGAUGACAAUGCUUGCCACAACCCCGGUCCAUUGGAGGUCAACGUGACAUGGCGAAGGCCGCAAGUCAAGAGCCCGAUCAAAGCCUACAAGAUCCACGUGAUUUCGGUCAGUGGUAGUGACAACACUGUCAACCUCCCCGGCGACGUCACAAGUCACGUGGUCGACUCGAUGGAGUGUUGGAACGCGUACAUCCUUCGUGUCGAGGCUGUCUUCGAAUCCGGACAGUCAGCAUUUUCAAACGCCACGUUUCAUGUUACAGGAAACCGAACGCUCAGGUACUUUCCCCAGGAUCUGCGUGCCGUGGAAGGCGACAAGAAAUGCCACGGCCAUGCUGAAAACACAUCUGUCGUUCUCCACUGGAAACCCGCCAUACUGGGUCACAAUUUUACCGUAAUGGGCUACCAGGUCGAGAUCUACUUCGUCAAUGGCACCACCAAGGCAUUCGACCUUCCCUCCACUGCCGCUGAAUUCGAGUACGAGAACGUCCCUUGCAACGGCACAACUGUCUUUGGAGUCUCCGCGGUCCUGCUCUUGAAUGCUGCCUUUCCUCAUGGGACCGAAGGGCUCUUCAUCUACCCCGCUGCCUACGUAGCUGUUUCAUAUGGGCGUUACGAGCUUCCACUUGUCCAGAAUUUGAGAGCAAGGGUGCAGGGUGCGACCUCCAUCAAGGUCCAAUGGACCCCUCCAGCCGAAGGCGCAGUCGAAUACAGAGUGUCCGCUGAAGCCGUACACGCACCACCUUUGGUCGUCUUCACGAAUGACACCUCGGUAACCUUCAGACACCUUACUCCCGGAAAGGAGUACACCAUAAGGGUGGCCACAGCGAACACCGUGAACGGCAAAACUUCCUACGGAACGUACGUUGAGGUGAAUGCGACUACCAACGUCCUUCUGAACCGGUGGUGA